AUGAACUCCUUCUUCCAGACAAUUGAGGAAAUUGAGGAGCUUCUCCAGGUCUUCACUGAAUCUUAUAAGGACAUGGAAAAAAUGUCAGCAGUGCCAGAGCCACAGCUCUGUAUGCCUCUGACCAUCUCUGGUGAGGGCAGACUUCAUGAGUUCACCCAGGGUCAAUCAAUGCCUUCCUCGAGGCCUUCAAUGGAGACUUCUGUAUGUUCUAACAUCCCUGGAAUGGUCUUCACCCAGCAGACUCCUCCUAGUGAAGCCCUUGAUACAUUCCUUGGAGAACUAAGUGGGACUUUGUCCAUGAACCCCAAAAUGACAUCCUUUGAUCAGAUAAAAUCCUCAGCAGAAUUCCAGAGGAUGAAUAUUGCUGACACCCCAGAGACAUCACUCAUCGAUUGCCAGAAAACUACUGUCACUGCAAGCAUGAUGACAAUCUCUAGUGAAGUUAGCCAAAAGAAGACAUUAAUAGGUAAUCAGACUCUCAGUGAGAUCCAGAUGACAGCCCUGUGCGGAGGACAGAUGAUGACCCUCAGUGAGAAUCAGACUCUCUAUGGAAGCCAACCAACAACUCUUAAAAGGGGCCAUGUGAUGACCUUCAGGGGUUUUCAGACUCUGAUUGAGGACUAUACCAUGACUUCCAGUAGUGACCAGACCCUCUGUGGGGGUCAGAUGACAAUGGCAAGUGGUAAUCAGAUCCUUUAUAGGUGUCAGAUGACAACCCCUAGUGGUGACCAGACCUACUAUGGGGGUCCGAUGGCAAAUCUCAAUAGUGACCAGACCCUCUAUGGGGGUCAGAUGACAACCCCAGGUGGUGACCAGACCUUUUAUGGGAGUCAGAUGGCAACCCCAGGUGGUGACCAAACCCUCUACGGGGGUCAGAUGGCAACCCCCGGUGCUGACCAGACCCACUACGGGGGUCAGAUGGCAACCCCCGGUGCUGACCAGACCCUCUACGGCGAUCAGAUGGCAAUCUCCAGUGGUGACCAGACCCUCUACGGCGAUCAGAUGGCAAUCUCCAGUGGUGACCAGACCCUCUACGGCGAUCAGAUGGCAAUCUCCAGUGGUGACCAGACCCUCUACGGCGAUCAGAUGGCAAUCUCCAGUGGUGACCAGACCCUCUACGGCGAUCAGAUGGCAAUCUCCAGUGGUGACCAGACCCUCUACGGCGAUCAGAUGGCAAUCUCCAGUGGUGACCAGACCCUCUAUUGCGAUCAGAUGUCUAUCCCCAGUAGUGACCAGACCCUCUACGGCGAUCCGAUGGCAAUCCCCGGUGGUGGUGACCAGACCCUUUAUGGCGAUCAGAUGGCAAUCCCUGGUGGUGACCAGACCCUCUACAGGGGUCAGAUGAUGCCCCAUCAGUCUUCAUCAUUACCAUACCCAGGAUUCCUAAACGAUUCAAGCUCCGCUUUGAUUCAGGGACAAUUCCCAGAAAAUAAAUGGAAACUCAAGACUCAGAGAUAUCAGUUUCAGAAGAAUUCUAACAUUCUGAAGCCCUAUGCCUGCACCUACCAGGACUGUGGGAAAUCUUACACAAAGUAUUCCCACCUCCAAAUCCAUGAGCGCAAACACACUGGGGAUAAGCCCUAUGUAUGCAAUGAGAUUGGAUGCACAUGGAAAUUCACCCGCUCAGAUGAGCUCCGACGCCACAAAAGGAAGCACAGCGGAGAACGGCCCUACCUGUGCACCAGAUGUUGUAAGACUUUUGCACGAUCAGAUCACCUAAAGCAACACGAAAGAGUCCACAGAUAA